UAUACAGACAGUUCUAAACAUUUUUCAUUUCUUUUAUUUUUCGGUAAUUUAUCAAAAUUUUUAGUUAAUAAAAAUGCAGUCCUUGCGCCUAUGGACAUCCGUGUGCCAAGCUCCUAAAUCUUUGGUGAGGAGCUUGUCGAUGGCCGCCGAGAAGUUGUUAAGAUUGCCCAAAGUUCAAAUCAAGGAUGGUGAGGCUCCUUAUUUAUUGCUAACGGUUUAUAUUCAUGGGCAGACACAAUUUGGAAGAACUAUCGUGCGCGGAUGGAGUGUCAAAGAACAUGACAUAAUUUAUAAAAAGGUGCGGGCUGAUAUGGAAAAAUUGGGACUGUGUAUUAAAUCGCAUGGCGGCGGAUUUAUUAACAAUGAUGGUGACAAAAAGGCUAUUCAAAUUUAUGGAGCCUGUUCGACACAUGGUAGGGCCGACCAUGCUAGAACUAGAGAAAUCCUGGAGUCCUGGUCUGCCUUCAGGGGCUUUACAAUCAAAAUUACAGACUAGACGAUUUUGGCCGUUUCUCCCACAUCCCACAUUAUUAAAUCAAAUUAAUCAAAAUUUUAAAUAAACGAACAUUUCUAAAUAA